AUGAGUGUUUAUAAUGAUGUUGAAAUAAGUAAGCUCAAAGAAGAUGUAAAUAGUUUAGCUGCAACACUAAAGAAAGUAAAAUGGGAUAUAGACACGUAGAGAAAUUAGGCAAAAUAGCUCAACUAAAAUUAAUCUGAAAUUCCAACAUUAUUUAAAUUCAAAAAGACUUUCUUACUCUCAAGAAUAUUCAUAUUUUUAAGUGAUUAAGAUAUUAUGGUAUUAGCUUUAGUCAAUAAAUCACUAUACAAACUAAUAUACUCACCUAUUGGUUAUAAAAUACUUUUCUUUACUAGAUCUUAAUAUGCUCAAAGGAGGUUAGUAUAGGUAUUACAAAAUGAUGAGUUGGAUAAAUAAAAAAAGAUAUAAAAUUAGGGAUCUGGACUUGAUUCUUCUUCUGUGACUGCUUUAAUGGAAAGAUUUAAUUCUGCUAAAUAUGAAUCAGGAGAAGAUUUUGAGGCAUAAUUAAUGACUUUUAAGCAUACAAUGCAAAUUUUAGCAGACGAAUUACAUAAAAAAAUAUAACAAAAUGCUAAUUUGUAAGAUAAUAUAAAAAAUAUAAGUGAUGAACUUUUCUAAGAAAAGACAAAUCAUGAUAAAUAUGUUACUAAAAUAAAAAUUUUAAACGACAAAGUACUUUAACUUGAAAAUUAAGUAGAAGGUUAAUAAAAAGAAUCACUUCAUUAGUAGGAAUAAUAAAUGGCUGAACUUUUACAGUUAUAAGGAUAAAAGAAAAAGCUGCAUGAGGAAAAUGAAUAGUUAAUUGCAUAAAAUAGUUUAAUAGAAUAAAAAGUAAUUUAUCAAGCUUAGUAAAUAUAUUUUUAAUUUAAUAUAUUUUUUAUUAGCUUACAGAAACACAGAGUCAACUCGAGUAAGUUCAAAAAACUAAAGAUUUAUACUUAGAAUCUUUAAAAAAUUUUAGAAAUUUAAUUGUAGAUGUAAAUUAUUGAUUUUAAUUUACGAAAUAGCUAACUAGUAUUGCUUUAUAUUUAAUAAUACAUAAAUAAGAAGAUGUCUAAUUUAUUUAACUAUUCAUAUUUUUUGCAGUUUAAAGUUAAUAAAAUUAAAAUUAAUACAUAAUUAGUAAAAAAAAAAGAUUAAUAAUAUGAUAAAAUAUUUUUAUUACUAAUUGAAAUUUAAAAAUAAUUAUAAAUAAUAUCUAUAAACUUACUUAUAAAAGCAAGGAUAAAUAGACUAAAUAUUUCUUAUCAAAUUUAACAAGUGAAUUUAAGUGAAUCAUUAUAUUUUAUGAUUGAAAGAUAUUGUUUUAUAAAAUUUUUGUUUACAAAUUUAAUAAUAAAUAAAAUAGUUUUCAAUUUUGAUAUUUAAAAAUUGUUUUCAUCAAAUAGAUAAAAAAUAUAAAACUUUGUUUAAUAAAAAAUUUUUUAUUUUUUGGCAAAAAAAAGUCUUUUCUUUUUAAUAAAAUUUAAAUUUUUUUUAUUUAUUAAGAAAAAAUAAAGUAAAAAUAAUAUUUUUAAAAUAUUAAAAUUGAUAAUUUUGAGAGCAAAAUCAAUUAAUUCUUAAUGA